CAGAAGACCAUUUUCUCCCCCAUCAUCAGCUAAUCCAAUCUUCAAAUUGUAAGAGAAUUAUUAACAUGGAUUCAUCUACUGCUAGAGACAUGUGAUUGAUUUAUUAGAAUCAAGUUCUCCUGAUACCUGACAUCUCAAAAUGCAGAAUACAUAAGAGUUGUCAACUAUUAACCUUAAUUCAAAAUCCAAAAUUUUUUUUGAGUGCAAGGCUACAAGUACAGUGUUGCCUAAAGUACCAAAAUUCCCCUGAAUGUAGAAGAAGUUCCAUUCUGUAGCCUGAAUUCACUUCUUGGAACAUUGGUAAAACACCCAGGGAGUGAUAAACCUGAGAUGAAUAAAACUAUGAAACCACUGUGUACACAGAUAACAAUGUUUGAAGAUUGUUCUUGAUUAGGGUGCAAAAUGAAUGACCAAAGUAAAAAAAUGAAUAACCCUUUAUUCAACGCAGCUGUCACAGGUAGUACUUACGAGGAUUUCUCACAACAUGCAGUCCUGCUGCCAGCAGAAGAAAAACCACCUGCACCUACUUUGAAUAUAUCACCUGAACAACUGUUGAACGAGAUCAUUCCAAACAACAAUUCUGCUCUUGAACCUGAACAAGAGCAUACACGAGAAUACCAUUCGCAGGCUCAGGAGACACCAUUUCUACCAGAUAUUUCCUCUCUUCAGCCUCAUUUGACACAUCCUCAGCAGCAACAAUCGUCUUCAAACUUUUCUUCAGUGCUUUCUUCAUUCGGCAGCAUCUUGAACUUAGGUGGUGGUAGUAACAAUAACCAAGCUAAAGAAGAGUUUGUUGCACCUCCCCCAGCUGGCCUAGAUAAUUUGAUCGGGCAGGAGAACGCUCAUCCUGAACCGGUGCCGUUGUUCCCUACCAAUGCUCCUGUUGUCAGUCAGCAGAGUAUCCCACCUACAACAGGUCCAAAGAAUGCAUUUCGUCGACUAGGCUUGAAGAGACCAGUGUAUGCUCCGAUCCCCGGCUUAACCAGUGGGUUAAUAACAACGCCACCGCAACAACCUCCAACAAAUCCGCAUAACGUAUUCAGUCCUGCAGAGCCCUCAACUCAAACAUUCCCCGUUGCAAGUCAAUCGCUCAGCUAUCCAUCGUCUCAUUCACCAGCCAAUUCAGUCUCAUCAAUCAGCACAGGCAAGGAACUAUCUGCUACCAAUUUCUGCAAGCCUAUCACACCUCCAACCUCGAAUAUAUCUAUUCCUGCAUCCCCGCUUCCUGAGUUGAACUCUAAUCCAUUUUUAUCUCAACCUCCAAAUAAUACUGUACCUCCAACUCAGCAAGCUAGCUUUGCUUCUGAGACAUCUAUUACUCAAUCUCAAACUAGUUUUAUCCCGCCCUAUACUCAAACGUUGUCUGGACCUCACACCUCCAGUCAUUUUCAACACCACCAUUUUUUUGUACCUGAAACCUCGAAGCAUGUCAGCGGUCUAGUGAUGGACGCAAUACCGCCAAGUGAGCUGCUGCAGGCAGCCAACAUGAACGAUAUGGAUCAGUAUGGGACGGGAGUGAACGGCUCCUUAGGAAACACCGCAACAGAUAAUAGUAAUUCAAAUCACCAAACGUACAGACCAGUUUACCACCAUUGGUUCUUUCAAAAGGAAUCUGAGGGCAAGAAAAUAUGGCAUUGUUUUUCUAUGGUAGAUUCGCUUGCCUUGGAAAACUCGUAUACGUCAAAUGACCUAGAUCCCGAAAAAGUCAUUGCUACUGAUGGUGGACGAUAUGAUGUGAAUAUUUUGCGCCGUCAACGGAUACCUGUAUACUGGAAAGGGAAUCCAAACGAAGUUAGAAGAUGUUCGUGGUUCCAUAAGGAUAGUCCAAAUGGAAGGUUAGUGCCUUAUGAAGAAAAUGUAGCUACUAGAUUAGAAGAAGAGUACAAGCAAGCAUUCCUUUCGAAGAGUUGGCAUAAACGUGUAGAAUUAGCAAAUGGAGAGGUGGUAGUAUUCCAUGGACCUGACGUGUUGGUCCUGUUCCCUCGUUCUUCUUCACCAGAUGCCUGGGGUAAUACAUCGAGUCAGACCCGGCCACGGAUUGUAAAACGAGGGAUGGACGAAUUUGACAUCGAUGAAGGUGAAUCAGCUAAUGCCGAUCAUAUCUUGUUUAUGAUACAUGGAAUUGGAGCUGUAUGUGAUUUGAAAUUCAAGUCUGUAGAAGAAACUGUUGACGAAUUCAGGGCAAUUGCACUUCAACUUGUAAGGUCACACUACAAAUCAUCCUGUGAAAAAGGCGUUGUUCACAGAGUCGAAGUCCUGCCAAUCGGUUGGCAUGCCAAACUUCACUCUGAAGAAACUGGGAUAGACAGUCAACUGAAAAGCAUAACCUUAGAAAGCAUACCAAAGCUAAGAGAUUUCACGAACGACACGCUGCUAGACAUCUUGUUCUAUACGAGCCCGAUCUACUGCCAACAGAUCAUUUCAUCCGUAGCAACGGAACUGAAUAAGAUAUACGAUUUAUAUAAGCAGAGAAAUCCUGACUUUAAAGGAGGCGUUUCUCUUGGAGGUCACAGCUUAGGAUCGUUGAUAUUAUUUGAUCUGUUGGCUCACCAGCAUAAGAAAGAGGAAGUUGAGGAAGAACUACCGGAAGAUGAUGAAUUUCCUACGAAGGUUUCAAAACCGCCUCCACCUGCUAGACGAAAAAUGAGUAGACGAAUCAGCUACAUGAUGGGUUCAACCGGUACAGGGCAGCCACAAAUAUUCUAUCCACAUUUGAAUUUCGAGCCUAAGAUGUUUUUUGCUCUGGGAUCUCCAAUAGGAAUGUUUAUCAUAAUUCGAGGUCUGGACACGUUAGGAGAGAAUUUUGCUCUACCGACUUGUUCACAUUUCUUCAAUAUAUUCCACCCGUAUGAUCCGAUUGCCUAUCGAAUAGAAUCUCUUAUCCACUCUGGCCUAGGAAAACUGAAACCAGUACUUAUACCUCACCACAAAGGAAGAAAACGAAUGCACUUAGAAUUGAAAGAAACUAUGGCUCGAGUCGGCGCAGAUUUGAAACAAAAGGUGAUCGACUCAUUGAAGAGUACUUGGGAUACGUUUUCUCAAUACACCAUGUUCCAUAAGCCUGAGCAACAGCCAUCAUUAGAAGACGAAGUACAAAAAGUUAUAGACCAACAAAUGGAAGUGAAGGGUAUGGAAGAAAAAACCCAAGAACAAGACGAAGUUCCUCACGGUAAGCUGAACAGUGGCAGACGGAUAGACUACGUGUUGCAAGAGGCACCAUUCGAAUUCAUCAACGAAUACAUUUUCGCGUUGACAAGCCACGUAUGUUACUGGGAGUCGGAGGACACAAUUCUGAUGAUGUUGAAGGAAAUCUACACGAUGAUGAGCAUACAGACGGACAGCCAACUGCCCCCGCAGACGAUGACAAUCGAACGCCCUCCUCCGUCGCCUACUUCUCUUCGAUCCACCAGGUUAUUCCAAAAAAUGGAAGAGGUCAUUGAGCAGGGCAUGGAUCCCACCGAGCCAUUGCAGGUUAAAGACAAUCUGCCUCCACCUCCGACUAGUGGAUUUAUGAAAAAUACAUAGUAUUUGUUGUAUACAUGGCUAUAUCAGCCAUUGGCGAUGCGAUACGCGCCAUACCUAUUAAGGCCUCGUAAUAGAAUUUACAAGAGAGGUCGAAUAAAGUGAAUCCGUGACUGAUUUAAAAAUAUAUAAUGAUAUAACUCUGUAUAAAAUAGUCUAACUAAACAGUUGACAUAAACGCAAAAUUUGUGUAUUUACCUCCAACAUUAUCUUUGCACGGAAAAAUGCACAAUUCAAGAAAUUUGUUGGGAAAUGCUAUAAGAUUUUAUAUACGUUUUUUUGCUUAAACACAGAAGGGUAAUCUAACAAGGAUUAUGUAAUGUGAUCUGAAUAUAGGAUGGAAUUGAAUUCACGGUGAUGAGUAGCAUGAUUGGCAUGGCUUCAAAAAUGAAAUAUCAAUUUGUGCUAACUUUUUUUGAUAAUUUAUCAAAUCGAAGUUAACGUUCACAUACGUAUCAUAGACCAACAGUUUUUUUAACUGAAUAUGCUACAUGUUUUUAUUUAACAGCAUUAUACAAUGAAAAAAAAUGAUGCAGAAGGUAACUAUGUAUUUGGAAAUGAUCAUACUCAUUUAUCGUGUGAUAGAAGAAAUGAUAUUCGAUAUUUUGAACUGAUCUCGUUAAAAAAGGAGACAAUGUGAAAAACAUCAGAUUCUAUAUAUAAAACAAUAUAAAUAAAAGAUUAUUCUUACAAUUUUUUGACAACAUUUACCGUGCGCCGAUUAUAAAAAUCCUUUAAGAUCCUUUUCCACAGCAAAAUGAAUUUAAGGUUAGAUAUAACUUGCGUUGAUCAACCAGUGAACUAGAGAGGGUAGUAGAUGAUGCUGUAAUUAGGCAGGAACAAUGUUCGCCUUCUUUGGAAUAGUUCUUUUCACAUCUCUACAAAAAUGUCAAUUAAUUUUUACGAAAUGUGAAGUAAGUUUUAGUUGACAAUGGUUACUGCUACAUGCGGUACUUGUGUAUGUACAUAUGUUUUAGUUGGUACUAAGAUUCUAGCUGUGAGGAAAAAUUAUCUAAUAUUUUUAUAUAUUGCAAGUUUUUUAUUAAUUAUGUUUUUAUCUUAAAAUACACAUUAUGAGUAAUUGUUUUUCAAUAAAAGGUUUAAUUUAUAUA